AUGAGCGAUUUGAGGGAAAUGAAGAAUGUACUUGUACUUGGUGGUAGCUAUGCAGGUGGAAGAGCAGCAAGGCUUCUAUCCCAGCAAUUGCCACCAACUCACAGAGUAAUCUUGGUCGACAGGAAUAGCCACCAUAAUCACUUAUACGUAUUUCCAAGAUAUGCGGUUGUAAAGGGACAUCAGCACAAAGCGUUCAUCCCUUACGCUAAGUUCGAUAAUAAGAAGACAGAUAGCGCUUCCGAGGAGAGUAGAAGUUUGAAGGGUAAUCCACUUAGUAGACCACACUUGAGUGAUUUACAUAGGGUAGACAGCACUUCAAAUAUCCUUCUUAACAGUGGUCCUCAGAAUCCAACUCAUGGCAGUGACCACCUCAUUCUACACGCCUCAGUUGAAAAAAUAAAUUCAAACUCUAUAAAGCUUAGUAGGGGGUUCCCUGAGUUUGGUUUGAAUGACGAAGUUCAAUUCGAGUAUCUCGUAUAUGCACUCGGCUCAAUUAUGCCACGCUCUUUAGAAAUGGACUCUAAAACACUUCAAUCUGGUACAAAACAGAGCGGAACAAACUGGCUUGAACACCGUCAACGCGUUAUUGAGAACAACAACAGAAUCGUUAUCGCAGGUGGUGGUGCUCUCGGUAUUCAACUCGCUAGCGACAUCAAAAACACAUAUCCAACCAAAGAUGUCACUUUAAUCCACUCACGCAACAGACUGCUUCCACGCUUUGAUCCUCAAAUGCACGAUAUUAUUAUGGAGUCCUUAAUCAAAUUGGGCGUCGAUUGUGUUUUGGAAGAUCGUAUAGAACUAAAUAACGCGACUCUCGAUUUUGAUGGUCAUGUUGAGCAGAAGCGAGUCUUCACAAGAAGUGGCAGAAGAAUUGAAUGUGAUUUGGUGCUCAUGUGCACCGGUCAAAGACCAAACACUGACCUUCUCAAACAACUCUCUCCAUCGUCUAUUGACCCCGCUACAAACCUCGCAAAAGUUACGAGAUCAAUGCAAUUGGCUAACUUGCAGAGAGCAAAAGAAGGCACAGAAGCAACUACAGACGCAGUCACAGAAGCCCUUGCAGACACUCACAUAAACUCUCACACAUCAACCAACCCAGCAUCCAUCGACAUACGCAAGAGCAUGUCUGAAUCAGACUCCACCCUCUCCCCAUCUGCAUAUCCACAUAUCUACGUGAUUGGUGACGCUGCUGAUGCUUACGGGGCUCUUCACGCCGGGCACACUGGAUGGGCUCAAGCUGAAUUUGCAGUGGGGAACAUAAUUCGUCAAAUAAACAACGACACCACUACCUCACCAAAGCUCUACUAUGCAGGCAAACCCGCCAUCAAGCUCACAACUGGCCUUCACUCUGCUGUCAUUCAGCUAGGCGAUGAUAUAACCGUGAACGACAACUGCCCUAUCGACCUCGACGCCGCGAGCGCUUGGAGAUUCUCGGGUGCUGAUACCACCGACAUGAGUGUGUAA